AUUUCUCAUAUCUCUUGUUCUCAAAUUAUGCUCUUGUCUUGCUUUGUGGUUCAUGCCAAGCCUGUGCUGCCCGUCCAUUUAUUGUUUGGUUCCUGCUUCUUCUGAGUGCCGCAGGAAUCCUGGAGAUCUGGAGGCUGACAGGUGCAGCCUAUCUGGUCAUUAGCUACGGCGCAAUAAAAGGGAAGACUGCCAGCUGACUGUUUUGUCCCAGUGGUAUUGCUCUAUGCCUCGCUACCGGGGUUUAGAAGAAUCUUUGGAAUUCCCACGGAACGUGAACUUCACCGGACAUCUUACCUGGGUGGCAGCCCAAACGGAGCACUGUACUGCUUCAGCCGCGAACCCUGUCCACCCCACCUCAAAGGAUUAUUUCCCUGGCUCCUGCCGGCACCAUUCUGCAGAUCAGCUCUCGAUCCUGAUGUGCCCUCUCCCUGGUGGAUACCGACACCCCAUCAUGAACUACAGCAGAAUGGAGGCCCUCGUAGGUCAGCAUCCUGUCGGCCAUCUUGUAGUGGGAGGACGGAUUGAUGCGGUGACACGCGGAAUGUUUGGUGCUACCCGGAAGAAGUUUAUGGAGGGAGGGAUUGAGAGCGAGUACGCUUCGGACGACUCCGGCCUCUAUUACAGCCACACAUCGAUGUUCGCUCCUCAUCGAGCUGACAAAGACAUGCUGUCGUCUUCCUCCUCAACGAGUCAACUGUCACAGCUGGGAGCCAGCUUAUACGCUCCACAGAGCGCUCUGGGCUUCCCCAUACGGGGGAUCAACAGCAGCGCAGCACCUCAGCUAAGUCGGAGCUCACUGAACCAGACUGCCGGCCAGCUCUCUAGUCACACCAGUACUCCCAACUCCGGAUCGCUGCACACGCCCCCAUCACCCAGCAGGGGGUCGAUCAUGCCCAUAAGCAGCCGGAGCGUGCUGAACCACAACCAGCCGGUCGGGGGUCCGACGGGGCAGACGGGCGGGAUAGGAGGGGGAGGAGGAGAGAGAGGAGGCGGCGGAGGGAGGAGCGGCACCAUGGGGAGUCCCAGCCGGUCGUCUCCGAGCAUCAUCGGCAUGCCCAAACAGCAGCAGGCGCGGCAGCCGUUCUCUUUUAACAGGAAUCCAGGCUUCAACAUGAGCAACUCAUUAACCAGCAACAUCUUCAACGGCACAGACGGCAGUGAGAAUGUGACGGGGUUGGAUCUGUCUGACUUCCCGGCGUUGGCUGACCGGAGCCGGAGAGAUGGAAGUUCGAAUCCCACCCCACAGCUCAACCCGCUGGCCGGUCGGGCGCCCUAUGUUGGCAUGGUAACCAAGCCAUCCAGUGAACAGACGCAAGACUUUUCGAUCCAUAACGAAGACUUCCCAGCGCUCCCUGGGCCAAAUUACCAAACAAAAGACCCCAGCAGCAACAACGACGACAAAACGAACCUGAACUCAUCGGGAAAGACCUCCUCGAGUUCCGACGGUCCGAAGUUUCCCGGCGACAAGAGCUCUGCUCCGAGCAACAACAACCAGCAGAAGAAAGGGAUUCAGGUGCUUCCCGAUGGCCGAGUAACCAAUAUUCCAAUCGGCAUGGUAACGGACCAGUUCGGAAUGAUCGGCUUGUUGACGUUCAUCCGGGCGGCAGAGACGGAUCCUGGCAUGGUUCAUCUGGCACUGGGCUCAGACCUCACCACGCUUGGCCUGAACCUCAACUCACCUGAGAAUCUGUAUCCUAAGUUCGCAUCUCCGUGGGCGUCGGCGCCUUGUCGGCCGCAGGACAUCGACUUUCACGUCCCCUCAGAGUACCUAACCAACAUCCACAUAAGGGACAAGUUAGCAGCCAUCAAGUUGUCUCGGUACGGUGAAGAUCUGCUGUUUUAUCUCUACUACAUGAACGGAGGAGACCUGCUACAACUUCUGGCUGCAGUAGAACUUUUUAACCGGGACUGGAGGUACCAUAAAGAGGAGCGAGUUUGGAUAACGCGGGCCCCUGGAAUGGAGCCUACGUUAAAGACCAACGCCUAUGAAAGAGGGACCUACUACUUCUUUGAUUGUCUCAACUGGAGGAAGGUGGCCAAGGUGAAUCAGAAUCAGAAAAGCUUUAUUGCCAAGAGUUUCAUCUCGAAUAUGACAAACUAGAAGAGCGACCCCAUGUUCCCUCCAAUUUCAACUACAAUCCUGCCCAGCAGGCCUUCUGAUUGGCUCUCCCCUCUUCCUGACUGCCUGCCAUUGGCCCUCCUGGCCCAUCAGUCCCCAUCCCCAACUCUGCACACUCAAAUGAAUCUGGCCCGUAAGGACUCAGGACGGUGCCCAAGUCUCUGACAGACUUUAUCAUUUUAACUUUUUCUCUUUUAUGUUUGUCCUUUACCUCAUUUUUGUUUUUAUUUUAUUCCCUCUUCUUCUCCAUGAGUUGCUUUGGUCUGAUGAGUGAAACCCAGACAGACAAGAGAGUUGUUAAUAACUAUCCAACUGGUCGACUGAUUCCUCCUUGUUAUCACUCAAACACUGACUGUUGUUUUCUAAAGAACCUUUUAUGAAGAAACAGAUUUUAACAGAGGAAACUGGGUUUAAUCACCCAUCAGGAUGGAUAAUUAUUUCACUCUGUGGUGCAGGAGAAGCUGAAAAUAUUUUACAUUUUUACCAGAGUUACAGAUCAGGAUACACAUCACCACACAGUGGGCAAUCAGGAGACAAAAUGCAAUGUACAUUGUAGCACUAUUUCAUAAUAAAAGAGAAAAAAUA